AUGGCUGACGAUUAUUCGGCCGCUCAGAAGCGACAAUCGAGUUCUGGAGCGUACAAUGCGCCAAACGACUAUGCUGAGCUCGGCGAUAUAACCCAGCAACCGAUUCAAAGGGAGACCCCGGGCGAAACCACCAAAACAACAGCUCAAUCGGCAACGCGGGCAGAGCGAUACGAUCCCGGUACAUACGACGUUCCACAAGAUUACAGCAACCUCGAUGAGACAGAGCCUGUUCCUCCGCUACAAGAGCUCUCGCCAUGUCCUACCCAAGGCCAACCGCGAGGACACGCCAACUUUGUCCGUUCUAAUACCCCCGUCGAACCAGAGCCUAUACCACAAGAGGCAGGGCAGAAGAAGACGUCAGAACUGCUCACAAGCCUUUACACGCAUUCGUAUCUCGUGCUAUUUGCGAUCCUUGGAGUAUUAGCGCGUCUGGGCUUGACUGCGUUGACGCGCUAUAGUGGCACUCCCGUUAUCUUCAACACGAUAUGGGCCAAUUUCAGUGGAAGUAUUGUUAUGGGAUUUCUCGCGGAGGAUCGCAAGCUCUUCCGCAACGAGUGGGGAACUCCGACCUAUGACGAAGCUAUCAAGCGGGUCAAGCAAAAGCAAAAAGAUGAAGCCAAUGGAUCUGGUUCAAGUCAGCAGAUUGAUGUGGAUUUAGACGCAGCAAAGCGAGCGCAUCUUGCGACCAAGAAGACGAUUCCUCUGUACAUCGGGAUGGCAACGGGCUUCUGCGGGAGUUUCACGACGUUUUCGAGUUUUAUCAAGGACGUAUUCUUGGCCUUGUCCAAUGAGCUAAAGACGCCUGGGUGGUCAGAGUCGCCGACGAGUCGCAAUGGCGGUUAUUCCUUCAUGGCAAUGCUGGCCGUCAUCAUCACCACUGUAUCGUUAUCACUUUCUGUACUUCUUGCCAUAUUCCCACUGCAUAAUGCCUGGCGUGGUCAAGCCCUUUUCGCGCUGAUCUUUGGACCAUUGGGUUGUCUACUACGCUUCUAUCUGUCUCUCUACCUUAAUGGAAAGAUGAAAACGUUCCCUCUGGGAACAUUCACUGCCAAUGUAUUUGGUACUGUGAUCCUAGGCAUGUCGUGGGAUCUCGCACACGUGCCGGUUGGCGGAGUCAUCGGUUGCCAGGUGCUGGAGGGCAUGGAAGAUGGUUUCUGUGGAUGUUUGACAACCAUUUCAACGUGGGUUGCUGAACUUAGCACUCUGAGACGGCGAAGUGCAUGGAUUUAUGGCACGGCCAGUGUUGUGACGGCUCUAGUAUUGAUGAUCGCUAUCAUGGGCGGGUUACGAUGGAGUGAUGGGUACAGCAAAUUGCUAUGCACAGUCUAG